CCUUCCACAUUCCUGCCCCGCCGGCCCCAGCUCGCCGCUCUCGGCGCCGGCCCUCCGCUGCCCCGCGAUGAAGGCGGCCCGGGCCGAGCGCGAGGAGGUCAAGGUGGUCCUGGUGGGCGACGGCGGCUGCGGGAAGACGUCGCUGCUGAUGGUCUUCGCCGAAGGCGCCUUCCCCGAGAGCUACACCCCGACGGUGUUCGAGCGGCUGGGCGUGAAUCUGCAGAUGAAGGGCGGACCCGUGCACCUCCAAAUCUGGGACACGGCAGGACAAGUCGACUACGACCGCCUGCGGCCUCUGUUCUACCCUGACGCCAGCGUCCUGCUCCUCUGCUUCGACGUCACCAGCCCACACAGCUUUGACAACAUCUCUAACCGGUGGUACCCAGAGGUGAAUCACUUCUGCAAGGAGGUGCCCAUCAUCGUCGUGGGCUGCAAGACCGAUCUGCGCAAGGACAAGUCACUGGUGAAGAAGCUGCGGAAAAAUGGGUUGGAACCCGUGACCUACCACAGGGGCCAGGAGAUGGCCAGGGCCGUGGGCGCGGUGGCCUACCUUGAGUGCUCGGCUCUGCUCCAGGAAAACGUCCGGGCCGUCUUCCAAGAGGCGGCUGAGGUGGCCCUUAGCAGCCGCGGUCGCAACUUCUGGAGGCGGAUUACCCGGAGCUUUUGUGUGCUGACCUGACGGCUUUGCCCUCCCUCCAUCUCCGACCGCCCCAGCCGCACAGGAAGGAGCUGGCGCUGACCUUCCCACUUGGCUGGGCUGGACCCAGUCCCCAGGCUGGGACCACCGAACUGUACCUCAAACAGAUGGGCCCCACCAAGGCUGGGCCUGGGACCCCUGGGCUGGAGGGAAAACCCUCUGAAACCGGAGAAAGGGACUCCCAGGCUCACCAGCCCUGUGGGGGUGGAGGGGUGGCCCGAAGACCCCUGGAACCACUCCCAGCUCCCUGCCCUGGACCACAGGCCCUGGGGUAGCCUGGCGCCACCUCGUGGCGAUGCCCGGAACUGCACCUUCAGGACCCAGCAGCCCUAGGACUCUCCGGCCAGAACUGGCACCCCACCUGGUCCCCCUUCACCCCGCCCAUCCCAGUGGUAACUGUAUCACUAAACUGACAUCACUUGGCA